CUGUAUCCAUUUCUAUUCAUAGUCGAUUGUGCCGAUUGUCCUUCCCGCUUCUCCGAUGUAUUUUGGUUUACAGUCGUUGCAGUUUAUGCUGUAACCUCCAGAGCAUACCAUUCUGCUGACCUCUUCAUGUUGUUUGGGCAAUCUGGUGAAGAGGGUUGUCUUUUCCUUGCUUGCAUUUUCCUAACAUCUCCAUUCUUCCAUCUGUUCAUCAGCAUCCGUAUGUUGUGGUGUAUUGCUGCUUCUAAGUAA